CUGUAGCCGCCGCAGUCCGAGCGGAACGGCCCAGGCUGCGGCAGGAUGAAGCCGGCGGCGAGUGGCUUCACAGAGGAGCAAUUCCGGGAGGCCUGCGCUGAGCUUCAGCAGCCGGCGCUGGCGGGGGCCGACUGGCAGCUGCUGGUGGAGACCUUGGGCAUCAGCAUCUACCGGCUGUUGGACCAGGAAAGUGGACUUUAUGAGUAUAAAGUCUUUGGUGUUCUGGAGGAUUGCUCACCAGCACUGCUUGCAGACGUCUACAUGGACUUAGACUACAGAAAACAGUGGGACCAGUACGUUAAAGAACUCUAUGAAAGGGAUUGCAAUGGAGAGACCGUGGUCUACUGGGAGGUGAAGUACCCUUUCCCCAUGUCCAACAGAGAUUAUGUGUACAUUCGGCAGCGGCAAGAACUGGACGUGGAAGGGCGGAAGAUCCACGUGGUCCUGGCCCAGAGCACCUCUGUGCCUCAGCUCCCCGAAAGGCCAGGUGUGAUCCGUGUGAAGCGCUAUAAGCAGAGCCUGGCGAUUGAGAGCGACGGCAAGAUGGGAAGCAAAGUUUUCAUGUAUUACUUCGAUAACCCGGGUGGCCAAAUUCCGUCCUGGCUCAUUAACUGGGCCGCCAAGAAUGGAGUUCCUAACUUCUUGAAAGACAUGGCCAAAGCCUGCCAGAACUACCUCAAGAGAACCUAAGAAAGAGGAUGGGAAGCUGUAAGCCCAUGGAAUGACGUCUCUGGAAGGGCCACACCCCACGGAUGCUCAGCUUUCCUCUACACUGUCUUCAGAAGCCUGCACACCCUACAGCACCUUGUCCCACAGCGUGUUUGCCUGACACCUAGCUCACCCUCUAGGCUUCCUUUCCCACUGUCACCCCACCCCUGGCCCUACUGGCUGGCUGCCUUAGUCCACUGUUGAAUAUGGGGCAGAUUAGGGAGACCUUUGCUUGUUUAUUUUAAGAAGGGAAGUCCUCAGUUGGGAACACAAUCAUUCCAUUGUGCCAUUUUAGGGGGAUGGGUGGGUGGAGGAACAACAACAAAAUCUAAGAAUGACCAUUUCCAGCAAGCUGGCUCCUUCCCAGAAUAUGAUUUCUUGCAACCGGGGAGGGGCUGCUGGAAGCUGCUGUUCUUUCAGAAUCGACUUUCUGUGUGCCCCACCUGGGAGCUACGUGCUGAUGGCCAUUCACUGUAGGCGUUGUUGGCUUGAUUAGGGUGAGAUUUGAAGUGAUAACCUAGGAAGGUUUUCUCCAUUCCUACUUGUGGAGGAUCCAAAGCUGUUAUGAUACAAACCAUCUGAGAAGCAGGAGCAGCCUGACCGAGCACAUGUUAGGAUAACCAUUUUCUCCUCAGUAUCCAUGUCUGGAUUUUUCUCUUCUCCCUCUGCUCCUGGACAGAAACUGUCCACACCUCUGUAGCUCUGCAUUUUGCUGGAAACUGAGGCAUCCAAAUGGCUCUGGCUGCUAGCAAAAGCAAAGAUGCUUUGUGCACAGCCACGUGGUAGUAAGAAGAAUUCCCGUUUUAGAGUGUUUGGAGAUGUGGAAGCGAUAAUAGUUCAUAGUCAGGGAACAUUUAAUCAAUGGCUUACUUGAUUCUAUGCCUUUUUUUCCUCAGGAAUUUUACCUAAGCUGUUUGCCUCUUCCACCACCUAAAGGACUAUCAAUUUCACGUGUAUUCUCCUGAAUCUUGGUAGUGCAAGAUACUCUGUGGCCAAAGGCCACAAACUUGAUGAUCUCAGGGAUCCAAUUUUAAUCACUGUGUAUGAUGAUACUGAACUUUGAUUACCAGAUGUAGGAAUUCAAGCUAUCAAGCCUGAGGAAGGGAUUUGUUAAAAUUAGGUACCUCAGAUUCUAUAUUUUAUCUCUAAAAAGAAAAGCAUAUCCCGUAAUGAAUAAAGAAUGACUUAUACUUGUCCUGUG